CUCAGGGUUACCUGGAUGUCUUUCAGCCAUCAAAUGGCAGGGUCAAUUGGGAUUUUUUAAAUAAAAAAUUAUCCUGCAAAUCAGUAAUGAGAGAUACUCCUCACUUAGAAAGGCAGUCUGCAAAUGGGGAACCACCCCUGACAAGCCCCUGUCACAGAUCAUUGUUAAACAGGCAGCUCCGUGCGGUAACAGUACCAACAAGCCCUCACCUACUGAUUCUAGGAUCCAAGAUGGAUGAUACUGGGAAAAACACCUUUAGGUACUGGGUCCAAGCCAUGUAGGGUCUUAUAUGUUAGUACUAACACCUUGAAUUGGGCCCACACUGACGGUCACUGUGUGCUUUCAAGCCUGAUGUCAGAUGGCUCCAUAGGGCUGCCACGCUUACCAGUUUAGCAGCUGCAUUCUACAGUAGCUGGAUUAAAGAUUAAAGAAGAAAGGUAUGUGUAAAUUUCUGUCAAAUACUCUGGGGAAUUUCAGCUAGCUACCAAGUGCUGCAAAAUGAACACUGCUUCUUGGCAUCUUCUCAUGCACCAGUGUUGGUCAAUCCACAGCCAUUUCUGAGUAUGGCAGGCAUGUGUUUCACUGUGAAAAGCAUCUUGCAAAGAGACAAUAGGAGCUAAAAUGUGGUAAAACAUUUGAAACCCUACCAAAUGAUUUCCAGUUGCGAUUUUUGGGAUUAAAAUACGCAUUGUGUGGAAUGCACUGCACUGGGUUUCAUUUAUCAUCAUAAUUAGCGAAGAGGAAAAUCCUUCUGGUGGUUAGACUGAAGUUAUUGCAAUGUUUUAAUUUGGGGAUAAUUGGGUCAAACGACUGAGCCCUGAGCUCUUUGGAUGGCCUUGAGCAUGUCAUUUCCUCUUAGCUUCAGUUGCUCAAAUGUCUAGUGAAAAUAUUAUCAUAUUUCUCAAGUUUCUUGUUAAGAGGAUGGAUGUAAAUAUUUCCUGAAACACACUUUGCACACUAAAUGUUCAUUUGGCAUAAUAAAAUAAUAAAUAAUUGUAUUAAUACUAACACAAACUAUAUAAGAAAAGGUACGCAAUGUGUUUAGUUGUUCCUUUUUUUACUACUAGGCUUAAAAAACACAGGCUCAAGUGUUCAGAACUUUCUGUUUAUUCUUGGAAAUGCUGAAUGAUGUAUUAGCUGGUGCAGUAAUGGGUUUUAAAAUCCUCUUUCUGCAAAAACAAAUUGCACCUAGUUACAUCAUUAGCUUUUGCACUUAGAUUUCUUUCAGAAAUUGUGAUAUGAAGGUGUUUAAGCACCAAGAAUUUUCUCAGGAUUAGAGCUUCCUGUACCACCCUCCCACAAACCAGGCACCCCACUGCCAUUGGUUAGGGUCAAAUACCACAGGCUCUGCAUUCAGAGUAAUUCUGUGCCAUUUGAGAAAGCAAGAGCCAAAGGUAAGUUUUCUGUUUCUUUCUUUAUUGAUUAGCAAACUGGAUUUUUUUAUAUAUAAAAAAAGCAGAAACUAUUUUUAAGCAAUGCAUUUUAAUAUUUUGAGAAGAAUUAGAAUUAUAAAAAUGUACCUUAUGUUAUUUUUAUAUGGCUAUUUCUUAGUAGCUUCCUGUGAGAGAGUAAUACAUUAUUGGCAUAAAAAUAUUUGACAGCUCUUGUAGAUGCCAGUGUAAUUACAGUAUGUUCCAAUAUUUUGCUUAUACUCUAAAAGGCGUACAGAGACACACAGAUUUCAUAAGCAGUUUUUAGUGGACCAAGCAGAUUUACAGGUGUGUGUGUGUGUGUGUGUAUACAACACAUAUACAGAGACAUAUAUAUAAUAUAUGAGAGAGAUUGGUGUGGUUUUAUUUCUUUAGAUGUGGUCUUCAACAGCCAAAUAUGCUCCAAAAUACGCUCCAAAAUACUAGAUUAUAUUUUUUUAUUUGUAAAUGUAAUCUAAAUUAUAUAAUAAAACAAUAAAAUAGUAAUAUGAUAUAAUAGCCUCUUUUGCCAGUCCAAACUCUUAUUCUUCCAGUAAAACAAAACAGUAUGUUCAGUGGGUAUUGUGAUGGUUUUGCAUCUGGAAGACAUGGGUUCAGAUCUCUCUCCAGUCAUGUGUUCAAGACACAGUCUCUCGGUUUCAGCAUUACAUUUGCACAUUUAGAUAAUCAGGGACUUACUUCAGAGCUCCUUGUGAGAAUGUCAACAACAAAAAAUCAACUACCGGUACUUUGCAAAUUAGACGUUCUAGACAAUAUGAGCAGUAGUAAAAACAGUACAAGCUACAAUAUGAACAAAUCAACACACUGUUUGGAAUUAUAAAUAAACAGAAAAAAUAACCAAAUUAGACUGUCCUUAUACUAUUUAUUACAAAAAUUUCCAAAUAAGUUCAUUGACAUAUAAGAGGUUCCUAAGUUAUCAGCAUAAUAGCAUAUCUGUAAAGCAACUCUUUAGACAAACCUUUAACGCUAUAAAUAAAUCAGUUCUGAAAAGUGCAAUACAGUUAACCCUUGGUUAUAGGCAAAGAGAGUCUGCCAGCUGUAGGUUAUGUCUUCUAGGUAGCUAAAAAAACUGGAAAGUGUAUAAGAGAAAAAUGAGUGCCUUGUGCUAUUCACCAUUCCCAUUGGAAUUUCAUGCCUCCAUGUGUAAACCUGCUUCACAAAGGCCUUCUUUCAAGGGGCUUAAUAUCAGUUUGUUUCAGUCUAGGGAACCUCAAAAGACAAAUUGUCUCAUGAAUUUCUAAUAUCAUACACUGUGUGCUUUAAGCACAGCUUCUAAAUGUGUAAAAAGUCAUGUGCUGCUUUCUCAGUUUAAAUACAGUUUGUGCAUUUGUGUGUGUAUUCACACUUUUCCCAUAUAAAUCCCUCAAUGUAUGUGAAUGAUACAAUGAAGAUUGGAAAUUGGAUGGGGGAGGGGUAUUUAAAAUUUGAUGUGCAAUGCUUUAAAAUGAUAAGAGAAGACUGUUAAUGUCCAGACCACAUGGCUCCUAUCCAACUAAAGCUAUUUGUGCUUGGCACAAGUUAGUUGCAACUAACAAAGCACAUUGAUUCCAGUUUGGCUUAAGGGUGACUAACUAGUUGGGCAGUGGCCAGUAUUGUAAACAAAAUUCAAACCAGUGUUCCAGAUCUACUUUAGAUUUCAAUAAAACAAUACUGAACAAUAGAGUUAUAACCUAGUCCAAUCCACUAUGCUAAGAGUGCAGAGGCUCUGUGAGUUCAAAAUCCAGUUUCAUGGGCUGCAUUCACAUUGCCACCAGAACCUGCAUGCAGCCCAUUGGAAAAACAUGUGCAUGAACCUGGAGUCACUCAUUGCAGAACCAGGAAGGAUAUACUAGAUGAGUUAUUGUGCAGCAUAGAGUUUAGGCAGCGUACUUCUAGCCCAGAAUCCCGUGGCCUAUGCCCACGCUUAUGAACAGAAUAGUCCCAUUUGAGCCAUAUGGGGGUCUGGCUUUAUCCCAUAACCAAACUGUAUCUAUUUAGGUAUAUGUGCUGGACUCCUAGCUGUCAGGGGAGCACCUGAUGCUAUAGGGUAGCAGUCCCUUACAGGAGACCACAACACUAAAAUACAAUCCAAAGUAUUGAAAGAAGCUGAGCGGGAAGUGGGGAGAGCAGGCCUAGAAUAUCCUCUGAUUUCUGGAUCCAGGUGAUCACUCUUCCUAAUGUAUUCAACCUGCUCUGUACAACCACCCCACUAAGAGUCUCAACCCCUCCUCACAAAAUGGGAUACCCACCUACAGGCUGCAACCAACAUAGAGAUGGAGCACAGCUAUGCACCUGUGAUGUCCACUGACCGCAAAGGAGACAAUAUGAAUCCCAUCAGGACUUCUUACUCAUGGAGCCAAAGUUUAUCUCUUUUAGAGUAGUGUUUAAUUGGGAAUGUUGCCCUUAUACAUCCAGUUGUACAAGUAUGUAUAUUGUUUACUUGACAAAUAAUUCCAAUUAUAUAUGCUGAAGUAGAAUGUCUAAAUAGAAUAAGUAUCAUUUGAAAAUGUUUCUCUCUGAAGUGUUGCACUCUCCUGAUUUACAUCAUGGCUCACGUGACCGAUUACUGUGUAUACACACAUCGAAUUAUUUGUAAAACUCCUUAGCUCAUCACAUUUCUAGUUAAUAGCAUUCAAUAACCUAUGUAUUAUAUUUCAUAUGAUAUUUGCAUUUAUAUUUUUAAUAAUCGCGUAUAUGCUGUCUUCCUUUAGGAGACUGAAGAAUGAAGGCCAUUGCAAAUAUUUUCAUGCAUUUUUUUCUCUUUGAUGCUGUUUUGGCUGGUCCUACAAGGAGUCCUGUAACUUACGACUCUGAAACAUAUGAUGUUGGUUUGGAAGAUCUGGAUAGCCUAUAUGACUAUGAUGAAAAUCUGUCUGUUGAUCAGGCACAGGUAAUUCUAAAUUGUGGGGAUUAUUUUGCUCUUACGUAUUAUAUUGUACAAUUGUUAAUAGUGAUAACAAACACAUUUUUAUAUUAGGUGGGUUGGGGAGAAGAAAUGAGUUACAUUGACAGGUACUUGUAUUUUCUGUUUAAUGGACUCAGUUUACAAUUCAGAUCACAGUCAGCAAUUUGUGUGUUUCUGCAGGAAAUAGGUACAUAUUGGUGGAUCUCAUUAGGGAAUCACUGAGUGAUGGCAUGCUAAAAUAGAAUAAAGCAAACAUCCAUUAUCUCACUUGUUUGUACCAUGGUCUGUUGGCAUCACCUAAUCUGUUGAUAUACCAUCAUGUCUUUUGAUAACACACUAGAACAGCUGGUGCUUGAGCCCAUCUCAUGUUCUUGUGGAUCACUUGGGGUAUAGCCAGGAGCUGAUAUUACAUUAACAUUGGGAAUCUGAGGUGAGAUACCUAUGUAGCAGAAGUUGUCCCCAGUUCUAGUCACCAUGCAGAGGCGCCUUAAGGUCUAAAACAGUUUACUGCUGCAGAAGAUAAAGCUUCAGUAAUACAGUUCCAGAUGUUCAUAUAUACAUACAGCUUGUAGGCUUUGCAGCUACAGAUAGAUAUAUACAAGUUCAAAGUAUUUCUUUUGCUCCAGUUUCAAGGCAUAACACAGACUCCAACUCACAGACAGACUCAAAGACUGACUCUGACACAUAGACCCAAGAUCCCGGCAAUGCUGAACUGACAUGCCUUAAUCACUUAUAUAGACAGCACUGGGCCACUGCCAUAGCAACUGCCUUGGUUGACCUUGUACCUAUUGGCUUAUGAUUCUGUCUGAAAUGUCAAUAGUGACCAGGCCUGGAAGGAAAAAAUAGACAAUUUUUUAGAGGUAGUUGAAAAUGUUUUGAUAUUCAUGUGAGAAUUUUGUUUUACAUUUGCUUUCAGAAUAGUCUCUGUGUGUGAAGUUAAGCAACUGGAAUCUGACUGAUAGAAGAAUGCUAAAGAGAAACAAUUUCUGACAGUUUAGGGUAAUAAACAUUAUAUUAUGUUGGGCAUCUUAGGGACAAAAGACUGGCUAUAUUACACAAGGAAAUAUAGGAAAGUAAAACCAGUGUUUUCUUCACAUUGUGAGGAAAGUGUAUUUCUUUUUGUGAUUUAUAGCCAAGAUAGAAGUCUAGGAUUUUUGCCAUGGUGUCAGUGGGAAGUCUUCUUCCCACACUGGAAUUCUUUUUACAAAUUCAUACAAAUGGUAUAAAACUUUUAAGAAUGCAUGCCUGGAAUUUUAUGUAAAUGCUCUGAGUUAUGUAUCUUCUUAGAUAGGAUAUGUUGUUGCCAUCCUCCAGGUGCUAAGGAAAGUGGACAGCUUGUGCAGAUUUUGAACUGUAGGAUGAUGAAUUUGGCUCCUGACAUCUCCCUUUGUACAUUGCUGUCUCUUGUAUCACUGUGAUCCUUCCAGGUAGGAAGGUGGAAAAUCUAAACAGAAGUCUGGGUUCACUUUAAUUGUCCUAUUGCCAUAGUUAAGAAGAAUACUAGAGUGGAAAGUUCUGGAAGUUUACCAAUCUGCAGAUGAGGUGGUAUAUUGGCUUUCGUUUCUUCUUUAGCUUCCAAGUUCUAGGAACUUGGCUCCUUUUAAAAUAUUUCAUCCUAAGGGGGCUUAUUGUUCAGGAGAGAAUUAAGGAAAAGAAAGAUGCCAUUCAAGUAGAUAAUUUAUGUGUCUGCUGCCAAGCAGAGACAACAGGAAAAAGGAAAUGUUAAAAGAAAAUAAACAUAAGAACAAGGAAGGGAUGGUUAGGUCCAGCAGGAGAAAGAGACUAGAAAGGGAGUGCAAUUUGAGGAGUAAUCUGUACUUAUUUUCAUUUUUUAGCUGAGCCUCAAAAUGUUCCUCAAGCUUCUGAAAUAUAGUACAGUAUUUAUAUUUUUCUUUGGGGUUAGCGUAUCAGUCUCUUUUGAGAAACGUGUCCAUGUUUGCCUGUAGCUGUUGAAAGAUUCCCAUGUCUAUAAAAAUCUUAAAGUGGAAACAUUUUUAUUAGCUCUGAUUCAAACUCCAGAGCUGAAUAAGUAAGCUGAGCUACCUGCCUGAAAAUGAAGAUGUAUAGGAAUUCCCUUUCAAAUGCUUGAACCAACCCUAGAAUAGCAGAAGAGGGAAUUGUAGUUCUAGGCAGGAGUGUAAGUCUGAAAACAAGACAAGUCAUAUAAGACAUAACAGAGCAAUGUAAGACAUCCUCCUUCACACAGGUGGGGAAAGGGGUGUUUCUAUUUGCAGUCCACAUUUAAUAAGAUGCAAAUUGCACUUACUGACACAUGUAUUAUUGUGACACAUGUACUAUACUCAACUCAUGUGUCUGUACUCUUAUGAUAGUAUUUAUUUAUCACAUUUAUAUACUACCCAUAUAACUAAGUUGUUUGCAGCAUCUUAUGUAUAAGAUGUAUAAUGCAUUUUUAUUAUACAAUCCAAAGUUUAAAACAAUAAAACCAGCAGUAGAGAAACUAUCUAAAAGCCAGCAUAAACAGAGCAGCAUAAAUGCAAACCACCAUAAAACCAGCCAGGGCGAAGAACUUGGUGCAGUUAUUUAAAAGUGCCAAACAAAUAUGCCUAUUAUAAAGGUGUGAUAAAAUAAAAUUAAAAAGGCUUCACCUUUUCCUUUUUACUAUUCCUUGCGCCAUUCUUGGCAAAAGUCAUCCCACAGGGCAACAAAGACAUUUUCCAUUCCAAAACUAGGCCUGAAACCCAACUCAAUUAGAGAAAACCCAACUCAAAUAGAAAAUCAGCGUUAUCCAUGAGAUCUAGAACUACUUAGCAAUCGCCCAGUAAAAUACCAUACUUAGGAAGGGGAUAUUUGUGACCAUCUUGGACCUGUUAAUAGGUCUAGGCUAGUUGUUUGUUUUUCAAGACAAUCUAAUUAACAUCUCUUUUAAAGUGCCUGGGACUGUUUCUUCUUGCAGUGAGGAAUUCAUAGCCUACUGGAUCCAGAUAGACAUUUGAUAUAAUACGGCAAGAUAUGCAAGGGUCAAGCACAUGUGAUUGGAUGAAGUCAGUCUUCCCUACUAAAGUUUAAGUGCCAGUAAAAUAGGACAUUUAACAUAGACUCAGGUAGCAUUUUCCAUUACUUUCAUAGAAGUAAUCCUUAGCAUAAUGUGAUAAAAUUAAAAAGCAAGGAUAUCAAGAGAAGCAUCCAAGAGAAAAUUGCUAAGCAGCAAAAGUAAGGGAAUGACUACCCCUUGAAUCCUUGAAAUUAAAUUUGAACUAGGGCAAUGGACCAGCGGGGGUGGGGGGGUGUCAAAGUCUCUUAGAUGGUACAUGUUUAAAUUAUUUAAAAAGAAUGAAAAUUCCUGUGUAAUCAUUCUGAUUAAAAGGCAUACUUAAACAUGAUGAUUUUCUCUUCCUUGAAAAUUUUCAAGACUAAAUAAUAGCAGAAGGGGGUAAAGCUAAAAAGCUGACAUAAUGAGAGAAAAAUGUUUUCAGCUGUGAUGGUAUAAGAGAUUGAUUGUAGCAGGGGGGAAAUGAAAGAGAAUCAGCAUACACAACUCCUAUCAGCCUUGACAAAAAUACUACAUGGUGAUCCUACAUGCAUGUAUACAGGCUGGGAAGCAAUUGACUAUAGCUUCCCAGGUCAUGUUACACUAUGUGGACAAUCACGUCAAAAAGGAUGCUUAGAAUUGUGGGUUGGUUUUUAAAUAAUGCAUUAGAAAAUGCCAAAUUGGUAAUAUCAUGUAUUUGUACACAUCUGUCAACAGUGCAAAAGUUCAUUUACUUUCCAUGGUUGAACGACUGCUGAAGGUUUUCAUCAGAGGAAGGAGAUUAGGAUGCAGCUCAUUUUCAGGAAGAUAGGUGUGCAGAAAUCAGUGGAUCCUCAUGGGAGGAUUAUGCUCCUCCUGCUGCUACUUCUGUCUUGUUCAAAAAUAGGCUCUGACACCUUCUCCCUCUGUUGGGGUUGAGAGGAGAUAAGAGCAGGGUAAGAGGAGAAGGAUCAAAGACCUUAAAUUCUUUGGGGGGGUUAGGUCAGGUCUUACUCAGAUGUAGCAAGGGAGCUUUGUUUACAGCACUUCUAGCAGCAGUUUUCUGAGCUCAAAGAUUAUAGGUGAUUGCCUCACCUGUUUUACAAACAGAGUUUGAGUUGAAAGAGAAAAUAAUGUCAUCGUGAGCCACUUGGGUUGGGACUAAGUGAAGAUCUUUUGAUCAGCUGGUUUUGAUACAAAAUCAUUGGGAACUAGUUUACUUUGCUUUUUUUUUUGGAAGAUGCAGAUCCAAAUAACUACUUGGGCUUCUGUUGCUAAAGUUAAUGGUUAAAUAAUGAUUGCCGAAGGGAGAAAAAUUAGCAUUCAUAUCCAUCAUAUGGAGGCCAAUAUGCAGUUAAGUUCACAUAUACUGUAUAGUGUAGGUCAUGUAAACAAGGGUGUGUGUUUUCCCUGAAUAAUUUUCAUUUUCCACAGGUAUUACAUUAACACAGAAUUUUCUGAGGGUUUCAGGACUUUAGGUGGCUUGGGGAUUUUGCCAGGGUAAGCCAAUGGGCACUUAAUAGAAACCACUCAGGAAACCAUUUUAAAAUUUCAUUCCUGUUUACCACAGAAAACACAGUAGCAGACUGCUUUGGAAGAAACUGUAGAAUAUAUGCUUAGCUUAGGAAAACUGAAUGGAAAGUGCAUAAGAUGGACAUUAAAAGGUUUUUAGAAUGUAUUUAAUACUUUAUUUCCCCCCGUUAUACCAUUCACAGUAUGCAAUUUGACUUUGAAGAAACAUGUACUACUGCAUAUCUGAGAAUCCCCAUACUCAUGCUUAUGUAGCCAAAACCACACUACUUGUGGACAAAAGAGAGGUAUUGCUAGACUCAGGGUAAACUGAAGGUAUGAGAAAUUUUUAGAGGAAAAUAUCCUAAAGGGGCAGAUACUCCCCAAAGAGUUCAAUAAUAGCCCAAUUAUAUUGAAUUGGGUUCAGUGAGAGAAAAACAUGAUAACUGGAUGGAAAGGAGGACUAGAAUGGAGUGACUGAGAAAGGAGGACAAAUAAACAUGUUUGUGGUAGGAGGAGCCAGCUCCUUGUAGAGAUACGUAGGUCACUUCCUAAGUUAGGCUGAGAAGCUAUAUUUAAAUACCAACAGAGACGGAAGAGAGACACAGCCAUAUACAUGAAUGGGGAAAUAAGAGAAUUCAUUGGAGCUGAAAUGAUGUACAUGUGUAUCCCCUGGCAACCGGGCCCCUCCAAAUAAAUUCUAGACAGCCCAACGGGUACUGACUAAAGGCUGGGCAAACAAGGGGGAGGGGAAACAGUGUUUGUGUGAGCAGAUUUAGGUGUCUGGAACCCUGAACACAACCACUUCACAAUGCAACAUUUUGUUGCAGGCCGCCACUUAGACAUUCUAGGUAAGAGUAGCAAUGUUGCCUUCUUGACAAGCAUAAACGGCACCCAAUCAAAAGUUUAAAAAGAUCCCUAAAGGCAUUUCAGUUACUUCCGUUUUAAUUGAGAAUCCGUAAGAUCAUAACGAGGUCAAACUUACAAGGAAGCGUUUAAGUCCCAUUGAUUUCAGUAGAAAAGUCUUUAUGGGGAUAUCUUAUUUCUUCAAAGAUACAGUUCAGAUACAUUGCUUGUUCCUACUGUUUCUGUUCACAUGAACUAAGUGUCUUGAUGUCAUGCUGUUCAUGAGACCUUUUAAUGGGAGACUGUAUUAUUAAUUUUAUUAAAUUAUAUACUACUGAUAUAUGAAAAUUGCUUCUGUGAAGCAAACCUCUUUUUACUUUUUACUCCCUUCAUAUAUGACAUAUAAUUUCCACUGUAUAUUUAUUUGGAGGGAGAAAAUGCUUUCUUAGAACAGCAGAGGAAAUAAACAAAGAGGGGGAAAGUAAUACAUCACACGGAUUUUCCUCUGCCCCAUCACAAUCUCACAUUUCUGAUUUUUCAAGUGUUGCCAAAAACAAACAUUUGGAAGAUAAAAAACUAUUUUCUGCAUUAUUGAACCUAGCAACAUCUUUGUCUUGUUAAGCUCUUGUUUGAGCUGUCAAAUAUGUAAAAGACAGAAUGGUGCAUGGCUUAGGAUAAAACUAAUGAGAAGCAGAUUUCCCUUGUAACCUCCAGGUCACAUGUUCUCAUUGUGUGAAAUGGCAUAGUAGCAUAUUGAUCAGUGCUUUAAAUCACCUGUCAUUGGAUUGAUGCCCAAAAGACAAAGCCGGAACUAUCACUUUAUUGACAGUCUUGUGAAGCUUAAGAUUUAGCAGUCAGGUAACACAUCUUUGAUUCUCGUUUUUUGGAAUGCCUUCUGCAGUGUUUAACUUUGGAAGAGUCAUGUCAGAAAUGUGAGCAUCCCAGUUCAUUCUAGAUGGAGUAAAUGCAAGUUCUUGCCCAAGGCACAGCCACAUAGAGGGUGAAUAUAUGAAGGAUUCAUGAGGAGUGUGAAACUACAUCCAUGAGUCAUUAUCCCUUAGGUUCCAUUUUCUGGUUUCUUCAGCUGAAUCUGUCUGUUGAGAGAUUGUAUUGCCUCCUGCCUUUCAGAUCAGGACUUUACUUGUUUGCUUUCAGAUUUUUGUGUGAAUUUGCACCAUUACACCGAUGCACAUGGCUGUACACCUAGCAAAUUUUGAUUUCUUUAGUUAUGAAAAGAAAUACAGUUAUGAAAAGAAAUACCUCGGAUUAAGUACUUAAUUCGUUCUGUAGGUCCGUACUUAACCUGAAACUGUUCUUAACCUGAAGCACCACUUUAGCUACUGGGGCCUCCUGCUGCUGCCAUGCCACCGGAGCACAAUUUCUGCUCUCAUCCUGAAGCAAAGUUCUUAACCUGAAGCACUAUUUCUGGGUUAGUGGAGUAUGUAACCUGAAGCGUAUGUAACCCGAGGUACCACUGUAUAUGCAUGUGGUAUUGUGAGAGGGAAAGCAUGUGGAACAAAGAGCCAUUGUGGAAAGAAGUGAGAGGAACAGGCAGAAAGAAAGCAGAAUAAGGUGAGAAAUGAAAGUGUGUUGGUGCACGUGCACACAUUUAAGUUGGCAUCCCUUAUACCAGCAUUACUUUCUAAUGUUAACAUUUUUUCAGAAUACUAGUGGAAUCCUUGUCAUUCAUCUCUCUUCCAGACCAAGCCAAGUCCCCCGAGUUGUUGCUGCCAUAAAGUGAUAUUUCAGAAAGAGAAAAGAUCAUAAGAGCUACAAAAGCUUUUAUCUAAAUGUAGAUCUUUAAAUAGCCAUAGUGAUAAAAUUAGUAACCACAAAUUGAAGCUUCAGUUCUGUGUGUACCUACCUGGGAAGCUGAAAACAGUGAGAUUUAUCAUUAUAAAUAAAUAAAUAAAUAAAUAAUUGCUUAUAACCUGUCAGUCUGACCGGGUUGCCCAAAUCACCAUGGGCACCUUCCAACAUAAUAAAAGCACAGCAUUAACAUGCAUACUGUUACACUGUAAGAGAUAUAGCUUCCUAAAUGUAAAAACACUUCUUUAAGCUCGUCAGUCUCUAUUGCAUUUUCUAAACAUGCUGCAAUUACUAUUAAAGAAUCAUUUUACAAAAGAUGAUAUUCUCUGAUAUGGCCUUGAUCAAAAGUAAAUUGCUCAUCAUGUCUGCUGCUUCAAGUGGAUAAGCUGCCAUAUUUUUACAUGGCAUAUGUUAGCACUUUUGCAUAAUGCUCCUGCUGGGUCAAGAUGUCUGGAAUGUGUUCCUCCCUCUAGACUUCCUCCAUGAAGAAAACAUCUGCAUUGAUUUCCUGUGUUCUUUUGGUCUUCUUUUGAUUUGUCCCAAAGUCCAUUCUUGUCUAAGCUGUCUCCUUUUCAAAAUGACAGAUGGGAGCAAUGUGUUUUAGAGACACGCAUAUGAUAACAGUCUUUAUCCUUGUCACCCUGCCUAGAGGGACAAGAACAUAUAUCUCAUCUCAUCAAGAUACUGAUAUCCCGAAAACACUUUCUUAGCUUCAUAGUCACAAAAGAAGGCAUUGAUGGUGGCAGUUCCUGUUCUCUGCAAAGAAGAGGAAUUCCAGGUUAUCUAUUGAAGGGGGAGGUGGGGUGACUUUGGCCUCUUUGCUCCCUGUUCAAGGUUCCUUGAAGGUGUACCAUUUUAUGUGGAUGCUAUUGGGUACUUGCAAUGUGGAACUGUAGCUUCUGUUGCAUGGUGUAUUCUCUCUUUUAUCUCAACAUCCCUUCCCUAAUCACUGCAACUUGAGUGACCUUAGGUUUGAUUUUUAAUCACAGUGAAUUAUUUUCUAUCAGUCAAAACAUGAGAUACACAAACACACAUGAGAUACACAAACACACAGACACCCCUCCUCACCUCUCAAGCUCUGUCAGCUUAGUUUUGAUUCUUAGAAAGGAGAGGAGAGGAGGAAAGUUUAUGUGUUUAACUUCUUGAAAGAAAUAGACCUCAGGAAAAACUUGGAAGCUUAGUAGGCCCCUGAUCUUCCUCGUUAAUAACGUGAUCUGGUCAGGAACAUGGAAUCAUGACUGGAACAACCCCAAUUCACCUUAUUCAGCAUGCACACAGAACUUACGCAGACCCCUAAAAUAUUUUUUAUCAAUUCAUCCAAAGACCACAUGGCAGUUCACAACAUAAAAAUAUAACAUUAGAACACAGAAUACAUAACAAAACAAUAAAAAACAAACCAAUAAGCAGCCUCCCACAAACAUAUUUAAAGGGCCAUGAAAUGUUGAUCAGCCAAAGGCCUGGUAACAGAGUAAUGUUUUCUCCCAACACCUGAAGAUAUGUAAUAAAGGUGCCAGGCAAGCUUCCCUGGGCAGAGCAUUCCACUAAUGUGGAGCCACCACAGAAAAGAUCUUCAGGCCCUCUCAUGGAGGAAGCACACGAAGAAGGACCUCAGAUGAUGAUUACAGGGUCAGGGUUGGUUCAUAUGGGGAGAGGCGGUUUAGGUCCUUUUUUAAAAAAACAAACAAAAACUUUCUUAUUCAAAAUUAAAACAAAACAUUAUCCAGAAACAUAUCAUCCUUAUUUUCCCCCUUUUUCCCUCCCUCCCCCCACGGAACCCACCCACCCCCACCCCCAGACUUCUUCCCUCAUUUCCAGUCUUUGAUUUCUCUAAAAAUGCUGUUUUCUGCAUGUUACACGGUUGUAUAGAUCCUCAAACUAUUUAGGUAAUAAUUAUCAAUAAAAAGUUUGUGAAUGUUUACUCAAAACCAGCCAAGGAGUCCAGUUAGCUUUGUUGCGUCUUCAAAUACUUUGUAAAGAGUUCCCAUUCAUCUUUAAAGUCGCAGUUAUCCUUGUCCCAUAGCUUGUAUGUCAGUUUUGCCAGUUCUGCAUAGUCCAUCAAUUUUUCUUGCCAUGAUUCUUUAGUUGGGGUUUCUUCAGUCUUCCAUCCUUGUGCUAUUAAAACUCUCGCGGCUGUUGUCGCAUACAUGAGAGGCGGUCUAGGUUCUUAACCAAGUUCUUUGUAUUUGCAGCUUUGCAAGCACUGUUUUGGUUCUUUGCUGAAAUUCUGAACAAUGGUUGCUCCCAUAAACAGACAUGGAAAAUGUUCAUUCAGACAGUUGGGGGGGAUUAAAAAACAACAACCCAGCAAAUGAUUUAUUAACUCAGUCCUUCACUCAAUUUAUUUCAGUAUAUUGAGAAUACAGAAAGUUUUACAAUUCCAUUAAAAAAACAGCCCACCAACAACCAUUUGGAUUUUAUUUUAUUUUUGCAAUAUGUUACUAAUUUAUAGAAUCUGUUGCCAGCUUUCUCCAGAGAAAACAAUCUAGCAUGUAUGAGAAAUAAAGCUUCACUGAAAAGAAAAAUUAAAGUGAAUUUUAAAGAAGAGUGGGUUAAUGUACGAUUUUAUAAAUUUGUAGAGUUAUGGAACAGAAAAUAGGCUGAUAUUGUUGUGUUCCAGGGAGUAUGUGCCAUCUACUGGUAAAAUAGGAUUCUGAAACUACUAUUUCCAGUCUGUGUUGGAUACUUACUACGUAAACCAAAGAGCUAUUCUAAGUCUCCCAAAAAUGUAGGUAUACAAACUGGGAUGCUUUUGUCAGAAACCACACAUUUAAUCUUGUAGGGUGGCCUCUGCCCAAUAUCUUAAGGUAUCAAGUUUCAUGAAAAUUGCAGGUUAUCUGCCAAUUUGGGUUGCAAAGAUACAUUGGUUUUUAAGUAUGUGAACCUAGAGUGGUUGGUUACAGCAGCAAGAUGGUGAAUGAUACAUCCUGCUGUAAAAAGUACUAAUUUGUAUGUGAUAUGGAUAUUUCACAUUUCCUCUGAGCUAGCAGAAAAAGUCUUCUUCACACAUUCUGCCUGCAUUUAGUGUGUAAUGCUUUCUUACUGACACAUUCUUGCUCCAACCACACCAGAAACUCCCAGGCCUUUAAUAUAAGUCCAGGUAACUUGAAUAUACGGCAAAUUAUAAUAAAAAUCGACAUUGCAUACCGAUACCACAUUACUGCUUUAAUAUGUGUGUGUCUCCUAGGUAGAGAUUGGAACAGUAGUACCAUCUGUAACUCGAGAGAUUUAUUUACCUUCUCCACUGCCAGAAGAACCUGAAGAAGAAGCAUCCACACCUAAGCUUAUUGAUGGCUCUUCACCUCAUGGACCAGGAGUUCUUGGUCCCCAUACACAUGAAGGUUUGUAAGAGAGAGUUGAGGGACAUGAUUUUGGCUUUCUGCUUUGUCUAGAUUUGGGCCUAUAAUUCCACACAAGCUAAGGAGCCUUUUCAUCAGGGAAUAUGUAAUACAGUUUUCUAUACGGGUUUGCAGUAUGCAGACUUGCCUCCUUACCAUCUAGACUUCUUAAAUUGUCUAGUGAGUGUGUGGACAUUCAAGAGUGACAGAUAAAUUGGGCAAUCUAAUCUGUUUUCUUCCAGUUUUGAAAAGCAAAUUGCUGAUUUUGUGUUAUUCUGCCAGUUAUGGUAGAAGCUGAGCUGAGUUGAGCCAAGCCAAGCAGUGAUAUGUCAGUUGCUAAAGAAAAGGAAAUAACUAAAGCCUCCUCCCCAGAACACAACAUUGAUCCCUCCUAUAAGUCAAACAAGCCUUAAAGCUUGGUUGUAUGUUAAUUAAAAUAAUGUCACUAAAUUUUAGGUUAAUUAGUAUAAUUAUACUAGUACUUCCUCCCUGGGCAAUGUGGUUGAGAGUGUGGUGGCUAAAUAGCUGCAGGGACGGGGUGAGCUCCAUUGCUCUGUCCCUGCUCCUGCCAAUCUAUCAGUUCGAAAGCACAUAAAAGUGCAAGUAGAUAAAUAGAUACCGCUCCGGCGGGAAGGUAAACGGUGUUUCCAUGCGCUGCUCUAGUUCGCCAGAAGCAGCUUAGUCAUGCUGGCCACAUGACCCGGAAGCUGUAUGCCGGCUUCCUUGGCCAAUAAAGCGAGAUGAGCGCCGCAACCCCAGAGUCGGCCACGACUGGACUAACAGUCAGGGGUCCCUUUACCUUUUAGACCUGUAAGAAACAGAUUCUAGUCUGGUUUCAGGCCCAGAACAAUUUGGCCCUUUCCAUGUAACCUCCAUAGUCCCACUCACAUGACCUUAUUGGUCCCUGCCUACAUAACCUCCUUGACCACAGGUUGCCUCACACCAGGUCCAGGGGCGACCAGUCACUGCUCAGGAACAGUAAGGGAAAAGAGACUAGCAGAAGCAAGGGCAGUGGAGUAAAUGGAGCUUUAGGUUUUGAGCAACCUGGGAGGUGCGAGGCCCUGAAUUCCUUACUUCUGGAAAACACUCCAAAUCCCACUAAAAAGAGUCCAGUAAUGUUAACCAGUAAUGUUAAAUAAUGCUUUCCAGUCUAUCCUAAACACCCACAUUAACAGCAUUAGACAGAUAAAAUGGCAUCAUUUUGCACCAUUAUGUUCUAUUUUCUAUAAAUAUCUGUGAUGUUUCUCAAUCCCACCUCCUUUUUCAGAAGGCAAUAGGGAAAUGCAGAGCUCUUCCCAAUUACAUCCACACACCUGUUAAUGAAGCCCUUUCAUAAAUUGGUUUAAAUGCUUUAGAUCAUUUUCUUAUGUUCAUUCAGCAGUAGUUUGAUGUUUUAUUUAAUAAUCUACAGCUUUCAAGCAGUUUUUCCUCAAGGGUUGGUUGAAGCCUUUCCUGAUGUCAUUGUUCUGCAUGAAAGAUGCUAAUUAAAAACAAUUCUAAGGAAAUUGAGGUCUCAUGGGGGCGGGAACCAAUUUCCUCAAAUAUCAAAAAAGCAUGCUGGUUACCAAACUAAAUGUAUGCAGGUUUAUUAAGUUUUAAAGGGAAGACACAGAUCCUGGAGGUAGAAUAUAAAAUGAAGAUAUCAUCCUGACUAUGACUUGAGAAAUCUAGUAUGGACAAAAUGCUCCAUUAUUCAUAAGAGUAUUUCCUAUAAAACAUUACAGAUGUAGUGAAUCACUAGGAUUAUUCAAGCAGCAAUUUUCAUAUCCAGACCAAUCUAAUAAACAAGGGAAUCCACUUGAUUUGAUUACACUGAGUCUUUCAAAGUUGUUGGUUUUGAACAGCCACAUUGCCUCCAAUAAUAAAUCCACUUAAUAACUUCUUGUGUGUUUGUUUCAUUUAAUUGUAAAUUUACAAAAGCGUGGUUUGUAACUUAAAAAAUAAAUAUUAAGGGCAAAAAAUUGGAGCAUUGAUAUUGUACACAUGUUUGCAUGUGCACCCAGUUGUGAAUGGCGUAACACAAAGUGCAUGAAAUAUUCAAUAUAACGUUUCCCAAUAUCUGAAAAAUAUCACUAUGCAUUACUCCACAAAUUGUGUAAAUGUGGAACUUUUAUCAAAAGGUGCAUGACUGGUGAUUAUUCUGCUACACUAAGAGGAAAGUUAUUCAUGAGAACUCAGAUACCUACACAUGAGCCUGUAGGCUCUGUAGGAUGGUAUGGCUCUGUGUGAAUUUGCAGCUGGUUAGAUUUGACAGAAGUCAUUCCAUGUGUCUCUGAAAAAGGCUAAUCUAAAUUUUUACAAGUGUAUAACUAAGUGAAUGGUUUCUUGUUUCAUGUUUUAGGCCUCCCAACUUGUCUUCUGUGUAUGUGCCUAAGUACUUCUGUCUACUGUGAUGAUCGUGAACUCGAAGAUCUUCCCCCCUUGCCGAAGGAAACCACACAUUUCUACUCUCGCUAUAACAGAAUCAAAAGGGUCAACAGGGAUGACUUUGCUAACCUAAGUAUGGAUGACUUUACUAUUGGUUACUACACUUUAUUUUAUUGCACGCUAUGCAAAGUACUUUCUCAUACUGAAAUAUAAGUAGCAUACAUCUUCUGGACAUAACAUCAUAUUAUGAACUAUAAUUUGGAACUAUUUACAUCCAAAGAAUGGUGAUUGUCUGUCCUCCCCACCCCCACCCCUGGUGUUGGUCUUUAAAAGCAGGCAGAAAUGCUGUAAUUAUUUUCCCUGCUUUGGUAUCCCUGACUAGGCAACUUAAAAAGGAUUGACUUGACUUCAAAUUUUAUAUCUGAAAUUGAUGAAGAUGCCUUCAGGAAACUACCACAACUUCAGGAACUGAUACUUCGAGAUAACAAGAUAAGGCAGCUUCCAGAAUUACCACCAACCUUGAUAUUCAUUGAUAUUAGUAACAACAGGCUUGGUCGCAAAGGAAUCAAACAAGAAGCAUUUAAAGUGAGUUCUGUAUUUAACUGCUGACUAAUUUGGAAAAAAAAAUCCCUCUAUUUGACUAAUAAAAAUAGUCAUUAUAAGAGCAGGAGGGAGUUCUCUCAUAAAGUGAUGUGAGAUAGCUCUUCCAGUGCAAAACAACAUAGUGGCAGAGGUUUAAUUCCUAAGGUCAAUGUAGAAAGGAUCAUGGAUUAGGCACAUAUUAUUUUCCUCUUAUUUAUUUUAUUUUAUUUUAUUUUAUUUUAUUUUAUUGUGCACUGCUUGAUUGUGAAAAAGCUCCAAGCAGUUUGCAAAUAUAAAACAAUAACAUUAUCAGUAAAAACAACCAAAACAUUUUUUUUUAAAUCAAAAUUUGCCACUAGCAUGUAUUUUUAAGCAACCUGUGCCAUGCACAUAUACAUCAAAACUGAUACAGAAGCCAUAUUUUUGUACUCAAAUUUAAUACUCAAAUGGAAAAAAUACCUUGCACAAAGUCACUGUCAGAGUAAGGUGGCAGUUGUAUGGCAGCAUAGUAUGAUUCUGUCUUCUGUGCUCUGAGAACAACAGGGAAAUUGUGCAGUGAUAAAGAGAGAACUGCAGUGAGGUCAGGCUCAGUCUUAUGGCCUGAAGUAGCCAGGCUUUGCAAACCUGAAAACAAGCAAAUAAAACCACUAAGCCGAAUAUUCCACACAACAUUCAUUGAAUCUCUAAAAACAAUCUAUCUUGGUACAGAUGUUUAAAAUGAUUGACUGCAUUUAAGUGUCUAUACUCAUGUGUGGCUCAGAAUGAGAACAAAUAAAUCACUUCUCUUUUUUUAAAAAAAAUAUUGUUUGUUUUCUUCAGGAUAUGUUUGACUUGCACCAUCUUUACAUCACUGAUAACAACUUGGAUCAUAUCCCACUUCCACUCCCUGAAAGCCUCCAGUCUCUUCAUCUGCAGGUGGGCUAAAACAAUCAAUAAAUUAUUUUGGAUAUAGUGUUUACUGGAUAAGAAGUGUGCCAAAUUUCAUACAAAUAGGUUCAGGGGCUUUCGUGCUAGGAAGAACUAAAUAUUAUUUCCUCUUGUUAGAAGUUGGACCCAUUGGUUACAAAGGUGCUCUCUCCCCCUCCGCAUCCUCAUGCUUUUCUUAAAUUUGGAGACAUAAAUUACAUAUGCAUACACAAAAAGUAUCAGGUGUUAUAACAAUAAUUGAACAACAAACCAAGAACACCAGAACUGGCUUAUGAAUAUAAAGAACAAUUUCAUUGGAAUAAAUAUAUACCCUCAAAAACCAACUAGACAAUGAGGAAACUAAAGUGCAAUGUGAAUAACCAAGCCUGGAGAUAUUCAUAAACAUAGAAUGUACCAGUGUCUCUCUCAUUGCUGUACUGGUUUUAUAUGCAAUACAGUGGUGCCUCGCAAGACGAAAAGAAUCCGUUCUGGGAGUCUCUUCGUCUAGCGGUUUUUUCGUCUUGCGAAGCAAGCCCAUUGACGGGAUUAGCGGAUUAGCGCUAUUAGCGCUAUUAGCGGCUUUUAGCGGCUUUUAGCAGCUUAUCAGCUUAUCAGAUAAGCAGAUAAGCGGCUUAGCGACUUAGAAAAAGAGGGGGAAAAGGAAAAAAAAAACCCAGGAACUCGCAAGACAUUUUCGUCUUGCGAAGCAAGCCCAUUGCAGAUUCGUUUUGCGAGGCACCUCCAAAACGGAAAACUCUUUCGUCUAGCGAGUUUUCCGUCUUGCGAGGCAUUCGUCUUGCGGGGCACCACUGUAAAUAUGUCAUAACACAGCUGGAACAAAUAGUCAUUCACUGGAAGCACAACACAAUAAAUUUAGGAGUGGUUGCCAGAAGGCGUUCUUCAAGUGGUUAGCUGGAAACGCAAAGCCAAAUGAACAAUUGAAGCCAAAUAGAUGAGACCUGUUCUCCAGAUAUUAUCCAGGUUUUGCAGCAAGCUUCAUCAGUCCACGAUGCUAAUCACUCAACAUGGUUCACUCAAGACAAAAGCUAUUCACAGGCACAGCUUACAUAUGGUCUUGCAAAGCUGCUUCCCUCCACCCCCCAUAGCACGGGGAUUGUUGACAAUGGUAAAAUCAUGUCCUCUGAUAGCAAGCUAGACCUGUCAGUCACAACAGAGUUCCUCCUCUGUGGUCUCUCUAAUCCUGAUGUUCUCCCUUCUCCCAUCCUCCCAACAUAGUGGGUAAGCUUAGACACAUUGGGCCGCAUCCAGCGCUUCAGCUUUCCUGACGCAACAGACAUCAGUGUGUGCAGUAUAGCUUCCUUUCCCCAUCCUGUCACCCUCCAGCCUUCCCACAAAAUCAGCUUGGAGGUGGGGAGGACACCCUCCAGAGCAGAUUCUGGUAUAUGCAAGAGGUGGAGAGAAAAUGGAGGUCCUAUUGCACCAGGCAUCUGAGUGUGUUCCACAGGGAGGGCGCCACUACCGAGAAGGCCCUCUGCCUGGUUCACUGUAACUUUGCUUCUCAUAAUGAGGGAACGGAACCAGCAGAAGACCCUCAGAGGAUCUCACUGUCGGGCUGAGCGAUGGGGCUGGAGAUGCUCCUUCAGAUAUACUGGACCGAAGCCAUUUAGGGCUUUAAGGCAUAGCUGUCAACGUUUUCCUUUUUUAAAGGGAAAUUCCCUUAUUCCAAAUAGGAUUCUUCGCAAGAAAAGGGAAAAGUUGAUAGCUAUGCUUUAAGGGUCAGUACCAACACUUUGAAUUGUGCUCUGAAGUGUACUGGGAGCCAGGGAAGAUCCUUUAGGACCGGUGUUAUAUGAUCCCGGCCACUAUUUCCAGUCACCAGUCUAGCUGCCACAUUUUGGAUUAGUUGUAUUUUCCAAGUCACCUUCAAACGUAGUCCCAUGUAGAGCGCAUUGCAAUAGUCCAAGCAGGAGAUAACCAGGGCAUGCACCACUCUGGCGAGACAGUCCGCGGGCAGGUAGGGUCUCAGCCUGCAUACCAGAUGGGGCUGGUAGACAGCUGCCCUGGACACCAAAUUGACUUGUGCCUCCACAGACAGUUGUGAGUCCAAAAUGACUUCCAAGCUACGCACCUGGUUUUUCAGGGAGUCCCCCACAUUCGCCCGCCCCUUGUCCCCCCAAAACAGUACUUCUGUCUUGUCAUGAUUGAACCUAAACCAGUCAGCUGCCAUCCAUCUGCCAGCUGCCUCCAGACACUCAGAGUUCCCUGCUCUUAUUAUUAUUAUUGAUUCAAUUUCUCAUCUGACCUUCAUCACAAAGUCCUAGGGCUUUGACUUGUGCCUCUUUGAUAUCCCACUUCACCUCUAAAAACCCCAAAAUUCCUCUGAGGCACCCUGCUUGGCCCCAGGAUCUAUCCAAAUCCAGUGCACGCUACUACUAAUUAUUAGGUUAUUGUUGACAAACUGACAUUUAAAUUGGAAUUUAAAUACUGGCUUUAAUAAAUCUUUUGUUUUCUUUUUAGAACAACAAUAUACAAGAAAUGCAUGAAGAUACUUUCUGCAAAAUGAAGGAUUAUUCUUACAUCCGCAAGUCUCUCGAAGACAUCAGGCUAGAUGGCAAUCCCAUUAAUCUGAGCAAAACCCCUCAUGCGUACAUGUGUCUACCCCGUCUGCCUGUUGGGAGCCUUUUUUAGGCUUAGGCCAUAACGAAAAUGUCAUGUAACAUAAUUUCUUUUGCAAGUAUGCUUUCUAAAGCAAACUGCUUCAAAAGCUUGUGACAGUAUGAUAUGGUUGCAUUGGUGUAAAAUAAUAAGUAAACAGUUGCAGUCAGUAACGCACAGUGCUGGAUACUAAUUCAUUCUCUAUUAAAGUAUACCAUGCUUCCAUAUUGUAACCAGUGCAUUGUAACCAGUGCAGAAUAGCUGACAUGAUAACUAUGAUGAAGGGAGAAGGAAAUGAAUAAGUAUUAGAGAAACUGAAUAUUAAUGAUGCAUGGUUCAUAAUUUUAUCCACAUUAAAAUUGUAAUAGUAAAGCUAUAAGAAUUGUAUAUAAAUAGAAAAUGACCCAUGCUACCUUGUUUUUAAUCAUAUUCUAUAUGUAAAGCUUUUCCAUAAUUUUUUUCAUAAAAAUGUAACAAAAUUCCUGUCUGGAUGAAACCAAAGCUCCAUAUAGGCCAGCGUCCUACUUGCUCUAGAGGGCAGCUAGGUGCCAGAUCAGGUUAUUUUACUAAAACAUUAAUAUUAAAAAUAAAUAUACUCUCUUGUAAAAUGUUGAACACUGCUUUGGACUAGAGAGGAAACAUGGAAACCGUCCUUAUACUGUAUAAGUAAAAAAAUGUACACCAAGUAUGUGUAUUGUCUUCACAGUAAUUUUGUGCUAGAUAAUAGUGAAGAAAUAAAAUUCCCCGCUUCUCUACUAAGCUCACCAACCAACUCAAAUCAACAGUAGAAGACUUCUGUGAAAUGGUAUAUCUCAGUAGUUCCUGACACUAUGGAAAUAAGUGCAGAGCAAUACCAAGUGUAUUGUAUAAAUUUUACAGAAUGUUUCUGUUCAUAUAUUUUAAUACACCAAAGGGGAGAAAACAUUCAAAUAUGAAGCACUACCUCCUAAGAAACUCUGUCCCCAACAUUCAGUCAGUAUUUACCUUCUACACAUAUGCUUUCCUCUCUAGCAUCACACUACUUAAUACUUACUUCAAGUGUCUAUGACAGUUUAGAAGAUACUGUCCUUAUUGUCUUGGAAGAUGUUUAGUAGGGCCAAUUCUGGGUUGGUUUCUAAUACUUACUUAGUUGUUUUAUAUAUUUCUCGUAUGGCUGUUGUCCAGAAUUGUUGGAUUUUGGGGCACUCCCACCACAUGUGGAGGUAUGUGCCUGUGGAGAUGCACCCUCUCCAGCAUUUUGGUGAGGUUCCUGCCCAUUUACACCACAAAGAACUCAUAACCCACCUAAUUUCAGCAGCCAGAAACAUCAUAACCAGACACUGGAGAGACCUGUCAGGAGUAAGCAUGGACCAAUGGUAACAAAUAGUAUGGGAAACAGCCUUACUAGAAAAAUUAACCAAUAAACUGAAACUGACACGGGGACAAAUAGAAGAAGAUGCCUUCACCCCGGUAUGGCUCCCCUUUAUCACAUACACAGCCCAACAAGACAAUGACAAAAAUCCACCAACAGCAUACAAAUCAAUAUGGGUAACCUGAUCCAAAACACCCACCCACCCCACUCACACAUGAAAACAAAGAUCACCACAGCCAAUCACAAACAACCACACCCUAAGCCAAUCCUAACCCCUCUCAUCACCAAAGGAACACAAGUGAAUAGCAGAGAACCUGCAUAAGUGACAAUGACACAAAAUCCCACAUAUAUUAAGGAAAAUAGAAACAUCACCACCCGACCCCAUCCCCACUCACCUUUCCCCCCCUCCACCUCUUUCCCCCUUUUCUUCCUAAUGUCUCAACAAAUGAAACUGAUCUGUAAAAAAUGUUACUUGGAAUUAAGAGAGAGAGAGAUUCCACAUACUUUUGUAAACCAAGAAAAUCUUUAAUAAAAAUACAUUUAAAAAAAAGAAGAAGAUAAAACAGAGCAGUGCCUACAGUGGUCAGUUCUGCUUAAAUUAGAAUUGUCCUGUCCUGGCUGUGACUGGUUGCAAUAGGUUGAGAUUACAUGGCAGACAGAAGGAAUGUAGCAAUCGGUCAGGGUCAGAGCAGAUCGAUGGCUUGGACUUACUGAAGCAACUGACCUUCCCAAAGCUCUGAGUGUGGCAGUUUGCUCCCCCUCAUGCUGCCACAAGUUCCCCUCCCUCCCUGCUUCCCAGAACCAGAAUUGGGCUGAAAUGGACGGAGCAGUGACAGGCUGCACAUAGGCUUGGUCCCUGAUUGCUUGGGGAAAGCUCUGGAGAGGGGAGACUUAGAUGGCUGCAGGAAGGUUGGGACCUUUUCUUGGCAACUGAUUUGUGGCAUAAAACUACCAGGGAUGAGCUGCUGUGCUCAUUAGGCCUGACACUCAGCCAAGUCUGUGAAGGUUGUGUUUUUGCUAAUAAAGUGUUAACUCCAACUUUGAUUGGUGUGAUUUAUUGCAGACUCGCACUUUGACUGUCUGUAUUUUAGGCAUUUGCUUUUUUUAUUUGUAUUAUAUGCAAUGGUCUAUAGCUAUAAGCAAUAAAUCUUCUAUUGAAUAAAUAAAUAACAUUCAUUUGAGAGCAAUGCGAUUUGUGCUUAAAGGUGCAUUCUUACAUGUAUUCCAAUGUGUACUCAGAUGUUCACUCCAAUGCCUAGCCAGCCAGUGCUUCCCAUUCUGCUGCUCUACUUUCAUUGCUAAAAGUACAGUGCAACAAAAUUUUAUGCAGGAGCAAAGGCAUUGGCCUGGUUGCCAAGACCAUUGAGACUAGAGGGUGAGUCUAUAUAGGUACUUGCUCACAGGACCAGCAUUUAUUCUCUGUGGCCCUUUCAUUACUCCCUUAAAAAUGGUCAAAAUAGGGGCUUCUUUUCAAGGGCAAAUAUUUGUUAAUAUUCAAUUGAGAUAUCACAAGUGUUGCUAUCUAUUUGUUGUGAGACAGGGAUGUCUUAUCCAUGGCCCACAAUCUACAACUGGUUCCCAAGAGUUGUAGUCUACUAAGACCUUCCUCCCACAAUUUACCAUGUACUUAUGGCUUCUUUGGAUCCCAUUUCGAUUCCAUGAUGACAAAUGCUUUUUUUGUGUGGCCCUCUAAGCCAGUCCUGGUACAUUUUAAAACAAUACUUUAAUGUAUAUAUUAAUACAUAUUAACUGAUUGAUCCCAUAGUCACCCAACUAUAAAAAGCAUGGGAACCCUCGGAGUUUUCUUUAGAAAAGAAAAAAUCAUCAUACUCGUUUACAUUUUGGCGACCUGCACCCUGCACUUUGGCAUGCAGUCACUGGAGGGGGGGUUUACCAUGAGUCAAUGCAGCAGCCUUCAGCCCAAAAGGUUUGUUACCUCAGUUGUAAGAGUUGUUCUUCUUAAUACUGGGUGCAGAUUAAAGUCAAAGCCAUACUUGCACGCAUAUGUGCAGUAGAAAUGAUAGACACAUGCAUCUAUCUUUAGACCUCUCCUUUUCCUAUCCAUGUGGUUUCUGUCAACAACUGUUGAUCUUUUUUUUACUAGCAACUAAGACGGCAAAUACUCGGAAAUUUAGCCAACCUCUGGUUUAUUUGUUUCUUAAAAAAAUCUUUGCAAAUAAUAUCAGGUUUUUAGAAUGUUGAUAAUUUACUUGCAUUGGUAUCACCAUUUUAAAGAGUACUACUGCCAUCAUGUGUUGAGAUAUUAUAAAUAAAGCUUGUCAAAUCCU